AUGGGCGACAAGGACAGCUAUUCCGAUGAUGAAGAUGAGUACGAACAGGAAGAAUCGGUAAUAUGGAAAGCAGCGGUAAGCGGUAGACUCCCCGAGCCGACUGGCAGGAGCAAGGCUAACCAGCGAGAAAAGAAAGCCGUAUUUACACCCUUUCGCGCGUUAUUCUCCAAAGAAGCGCAAAAGACAUAUUUAGGGGCUAUCCUCUUCAUUAGCACAUCUAUCGUACUGUUUUGCGUUGCGGCAGUGGCAUAUUGGGCUUUUUAUCUCAAUUAUGUACCUCAAAUUGGGCUGAAGCGAGUCGUGCAUCUACAGUUUGGGGAAUACCCAUGGGGAAUCGCAACUCUUGGAUCAGAUCUGGCGUCUCUCCAGCAGUACGACGUGAGUGUGUCGUUGAAGCUGCCACGGACUCCAGCGAACCUUGCUACGGGAAAUUUCAUGCUUGACCUAGCGUUACACUCUCCUCCACAAGACUCCAUCAUAGGCGCAAAUACUUCUACAUCGCUGAUCGCACAUUCAAGGCGUCCGGCAAUUCUCACAUAUACCUCUCCGCUCGUGGACACUGCGCAUACACUUUCGCGCAUGCCACUUUACGUGAUUGGUUGGCAGCGCGAGGCAGAGACCCUAGAUGUUCCCAUGUUCGAGGAUAUUGAGUUCGCUCGAGGCUGGCGUAAUGUUCCAGCUAGUCUGAGGCUGGAGAUACAGAGCCGUGAGCAGAUGCAAGUAUACGGUGUUGAGGUCAACUUUAGAGCGAAGUUCAGAGGGUUGAGAUGGUUAAUGUACCGAUGGAGAUUUCUGUCCUUUUUCGCUUUUACAUCGAUGUUUUGGUCGGUCUCUAUGGCAUCUAGCAGUAUUGCAUGGCUGCUAUUUUCACAAUACCUGAGCUCAGCGACACCUGAUGACCAGCGCAUAAAGAAGGAGGAACCGGAGGACAACAACACCACAACUAUCAAGAAGGAGUUUGGCGAAUCACAAUCAGUGAAGCAAGAGGAAAUAGAAGAGACAACAAAUAUCCCUCCACUUGGUACCCAAUCUGGCAACGAAGUGGAAGACGUGGAAUCAAUCAGGAAUAUCCACGACAACAACAAUUCUGGGCGGGGAACAGCAUUCGAUGGUCAUGAUACCCUUGGCGCUCAGCGUCGUCGAAGCCACUUUCCUGAAUGA